UAACUAGCUCUGCCCUCCGCGUGCGCGCGCCGCAACACGUGGUUUUUCGCCAGAGCUGCGACCGAGAGAGCGAGAGCUGUCAAAUCGGACGAGCUCUUCUGCAGCCGUUGUUGCUGCCGUCGCGCGGCCUGUUCUCGUAGUAGUCGUCGCCGUCUUUGCCGCCGCCGCCGCCGCCGCCGCCGCCGCCGCCGCCUUCGUUGUGUCGUGUCUUGUGCUUCUUUGUGCUGGAUGAGAGACGAGCGAGCUUGCGAAUGUCUCUCUGAGGAAACAUGGUCGAUCAGCCGAUGGAUGAAAAAAUUUUACUGGAGCGUGUCUUUCUCCGCUUGGGCUCUGCAGAGACAGACGAGCAGCUUCAAGCGUCAAUAUGCAAAUUCCUACCUCCAGUUUUGUUGAAGCUCUCCAGCUCCCAGGAGGGAGUCAGGAAAAAAGUUAUGGAGCUUUUGAUUCACAUAAACAGAAGAAUCAAAAGCAGGCCUCAAGUUCAACUUCCAGUAGAGGCUUUAUUAUUGCAGUAUCAAGAUCCUGCAGCUAGUUCUUUUGUAAUUAAUUUUACUAUUAUAUAUAUUAAGCUUGGUUAUCCUCGAAUGGAAAUAAGUAAGCAAGCAGAAUUAAUUCCAAGUGUAUUAAAUGCUAUUCAAGGAAAACCAUUAUCACAUCAAGAUAGUUUGAUGCUUAUAAUAAUGCCAGCUCUGGCCCAUGUGAAUAUACCUUUGGAUCCAGAGAAGAGAGCUUCACUUCUUGGAUUGCAAGAUGAGCCUCAAGUAGCAAAGCAGUUACUUAAUUUCAUGCUGGACAUGUUAUUAUUGCCUUAUGGCUCAAUAGGUCAGAGUGAGAACCAGCAGCCUGGACAACCAAUAGACUGGUCACAAUAUCCAGUUCCACCUGGAUUAAGCGAAUAUGCAUUUAAACGAGUUAUAGGUGAAACUCCUCCUACAGCAGAGCAACUUGAACAAACUAAGUUGGGAAUUGUCAAAUUUCUGGCUGGAGGUUUUUUUUCGGAUUCUGACAUUCUUAUUCAUUUGAUUGUCGCAGCAGCUGAUACAAGAUUCAGCGUUGCUAAUUUAGCAGAUUUGGAGUUGAAAAAGAUAGCAAACCUCUUAGACUGGUCAUCAAUGCAAUUAGCAGCACCACUUUAUACAUUGUUUUUGGGUACUGAUGCAUUGGCAACACAAAAAGAAGUUAAACAGGAGAUAAAGAGGACCCCAGCCAGCAUUCGAAUUCGGCUGAAAUUAUUACACUACCUUUGUCGAGUGACAAAGGCAGGUUUUAUUAUUCCUCCAUGUAUUCAGGUUAUUUUUGAAUCCCUGUAUGGUGCAAAUAAUACAAACUCAAAACUUAAAUCAUUGGCUCUUCAGUUUACAUCAAACCUUGUUCAACAAUGCAGUCUGACACCUAUCGUUCGAGUAGCAAAAGUCAUACAAAAUGGUAUGAUGAAACUUAUCACUGAAGGAGCCGAGCCUGCACAUAGGUUAAUGGCGUACACUAUAAUUGGACAGCUUGGCCAGAGAAUCCCAAGUCUUGUUAAUAAAGAUUUGAGUUUGUUGCAAAACUUUUUUGACAUGCUUGCAUCGACUGAUGGUGAUCUGCGAAGAACUGUAAGGGAUGCUUUGAUUAGCAUGACAUCUGCAUUUGUACUUAAUAAGGAUGACGAUACGGGUAUAUCAUUAAUGGUUGGCUUAUUAUCAGCCCAUAUAGAGUCCCUUGAAGCCCAUGUCAGAUUUGUUGCAGUACAUUAUUCCGCAACAGUGUUUCCACCAGACCAUGCACCAUCUAGAUAUCUGUUACUACUAGCUUCUGGUGACUCAAAGCUGGAAGUUCAAUCUGAAGCCUUAAAAUCUCUUUAUGGAACUUCAUAUAAAAAUGAGCGUUCAAAAUGUCUGGCCAAAGAAGUUGCCUUGCCCGAUUUUCCUCAACUUAUGUCGUAUAUUCAUUCAAAAGUUCAAGUACGAGUAAAUAGUAAUAAUAAAAUAACAGUUGGAAAUAAAAUCUUACCCUUCAAUACAGCUACUUUUGUAGAGAUAAUAUCGUAUCUUCGACUUUGCCUUGCACGAAGCGCCAACGUUGUAAUUCAAAAUGACUCUAUAGAACAUCCUUCUGAAUUCACGCCACUAAUUGGCCGUUAUUUGGAGAAAUUAUACAAGGAAAACCCUGAUAGUUUAUACCAUUAUGUAGAUAUCGUAGUUCUUUUUGGACAGGUUACUGGAGAUGAAGUGGCUUUGAGUGCAUUGCUGGAGAUAGUAGGAACAAUCCCUACUUACAUUGUUGAACGUUAUGCAAAAGAGCAGUCUUGGAUUCAAUCAUUAUUAACUUCAUCUAAGGAGUAUGUAAGAGACCUUGCUGCAAAAAUUUACGCAGUUUUCUUAGCCUACGUUCCAACGAACGAAUUUGAAAAUCAGAUUUCCAAAAUGUUAAAAACAACAAAAGAUAAAGUUCUUGAAAACCAGCAAGGAGCAAUACUGGCUUUGUCAUAUUCAAUGGAAAGAAAAUUGAUAUUGAGAAGAAGUGAGGACAAGAAUACACUGGUAAAUUGGAAUACAUACAUCGAUACAGUCAAAGCAAUUUGCGAUUUUCUAAAUGUAAAUAAUCCAAUGCUGUUAACUGCUGCAAUUAACGGAAUUGGCGAGAUCGGUAAAUCUUUUUCGUUGCCCUUACCAUCUGAAGCAGAAAAGAACUCCAGUAAAAAGAGUGUUGCAGACAAAUUAUUCUCUAUUUUUAUCAAUACAAAAUCUAAUGCUAAGGUUAAAGAAAAAGUUGCUUUGUCAUUGGGUUACAUUUGUGUCGGAGAAGAAUUUCCUCACACCAAGAUGAUAGUGGAAAAAUUUAUUGAAACAGCAAAUGAAACAAAGGACAUCAAUAUUCAUUUAUCAGUAGGAGAGGCUUUGGUCUGUUGUCUUCAAGGUCCAGCUUCACCAGAAGCAAGAGAUGCAUGGAAAACUCUGCCUUCUGAACACUCUGUUCCAUACACAAAAGAAAGUAAUGACCUACUGGUGUUUGUUCUUGAUAAAUUACUUUCAAUAGCUUUUAAACCUCAUCCCAAUAUAAGACAGGCUGUUUGUACAUGGUUGUUGACGAUUCUAAAGCAUAAUUCUAAACGACAGGGGAUCAUUGAGAAACUGUCAGAUAUACAAAGUGCAUUUAUGGAUUUCUUAUCUGAAAAUAGUGAUAUUGUGCAAGACAUUGCUUCUAAAGGAUUGUACCUAGUUUAUACGAGUUGUUCAGAAGAUAAAAAGGCAGCUUUAGUAUCCGCAAUAACUAAUCAAUUAUUGCAUGGAAGAAGAGAGGUUCGAAAAGUCACGGAUGACACUCAAUUGUUUGAAGAGGGUGCCUUAGGAAAAUGCCCAACUGGAGGUAACAUGACCACAUACAAGGAAAUUUGCUCAUUAGCCACUGAUUUGAACAAGCCUGAGUUGACCUAUCGUUUUUUGCACUUGGCCAAUCACAACGCCUUGUGGACUUCAAAGAAAGGAGCUGCUCUAGGCUUUUCGCAGCUUGCUUCUUUAAUCAAUGAGGAUCUCUCUGCUCAGCUGCCCAAUAUCAUACCAAAACUUUACAGGUAUCAAUUUGAUCCUAUACCAAAGACUCAGCAGAGUUUUGCAAGCAUCUGGCGCUCCAUAGUACCUUCAACAUCCAAAGCUCUUGAACAACACCACAAAGAAAUUCUAGACGAUAUCACGCAAAAUUUGACCAACAAUCAAUUUCGUGUACGAAUCAGUUGCUGUCUGGCAUUAGCUGAUCUUUUGAAAUCCCCAAAUGUAUCAAUAAAUUACGUUGAAUGUGCGCCGGGGCUAUGGAAGCAGUUGUUCAGAGUGAUGGACGAUAUUCACGAAGGCACGCGACAAGAAGCAACGAACACAACAAAAGUUUUUAGUCGGGUGUGUAUUCGUCAAUGUGACGCAUCUCACGGCAAGACUGGCGAAGAGCUUCUGCAGGUCAUAUUGCCAGUUUUGUUGGAAGAAGGAAUUAGGCACACGGUGUCGCAAAUACGAAUGAUAUCACUACAAACAGUCUCCCAGCUUGUGACCACCGCGGGCAGCUUGCUGAAACCGUCGAUUCCAAUUUUGAUCCCCGCACUUCUGAACUCCAUCGGCGAAGUAGAAAAUGCAAAUUUGUUGUACCUCCGUAACAUGACUGCUAAUUCCGUCGAGGUGCAAGAGGCCAUUGAUAACGCAACUGCUCAGCAAACUAAGACUCACGCCACUACGGAUACUAUGACGAAGUGCAUACAAUAUAUCGAUGCGCCUAUUUUAAAAGAACUGAUGCCAAAAGUCAUCGAUCUUAUCAAGUCGAGUUUGAAACUGGGUACAAAACUGGCUUGCUCAAAUUUCCUAAUAAAACUCAGUAGCCAUAUGAAACACGAGCUGCAACCGUAUGCUGGCAAAAUACUGGCUGCACUUAUCAAUGGUCUUACGGACAGAAACGCUGGAAUAAAGAAGAACAACGCUGUGACAAUCGGUCAUAUUGUAGGAUGCGCAAAAGAAUCUAGUCUAGAUAAGUUGUUUAAUAUGUUAAAUACUUGGUACAUGGAGCGUGAAGACGACUCGAUACGUCUAGCGAUCGGGCAAACCUUGCAGUCUAUAAACAACCACAAUCAAGACAUUCUGAAGAAGUAUUCGAACAUCGUGAUGCCGCUUACCUUUUUUGCUAUGCAUGCAGAGAAGGUUGUCGGCGAGAACGAGAAGACGGUCGAAUUGUGGACGGAGCUGUGGUCUGAGAUUACACCAGGAACGGAAGCCGGCAUUCGGCAAAACUUGACUGUGAUUACAAGUACUCUGAACACAGCGUUGGAAUCCGCUUCGUGGACCACGAAAGCUCAGGCGGCAAAUGCUGUGUCUACGGUUGCUACUAAGCUCGGGGCAACCAUAGAUGAGGAGGCCCGAAAUUCUCUGCUCAAUAUCUUGGUUAACGGAUUACAGGGCAGAACUUGGAAUGGCAAGACGAGGUUGCUUAACGCCUUAGCGACUCUCGCUUGCAACAGCAAGGAUGCUUUGAAAAAUGAUGCGAAAUUAAAAGAGACAAUUGUAGAAGCUUUAUACAAGGAAAGUAAAAAAGAAGGACUUGAAUAUCGUCGUCAUGCCUUUAAAGCUUUAACUGAAGUUUUGCACGAGCUGGAUGAAGAUAAAUAUAAGCAGGUUUAUGAUAUUGCACAAGAAGUUUUGCCAAAACUAACUAAGAAGGGUGACGAUGACGAUGACGAUUCUAUGGAAGAGAAUAAGAAAAAGCGCGAAGAGAAAAUAAAAUUGCAGGAAACAAUUUAUGAAGGUCUUGGUAAAGCUUGGCCCACUUGUAAAGAAACUCAAGAUCAGUAUUGUGUACAAUUUGUGGCAGACUGCUUCGAUACCCUACCCACAAGUACAAGACCUGUUCAAGUUUCUAUUUUGACAACACUGAAUCGUUAUGUUGAUAAAUUGGCUCUAUUGAAAAUGGAUUAUAAUCAGUGUACCGAGAAUGAUAAGGAAAUGCUGGAUAUUAUUUGCGGAACACUUCUUAAAAUUUUGCGAUACGCUAUUGGUAUCGCAAAAUACACUAGAAUAAGGAAAGAAGCAUUAAAUAUUGUGAUAUCUCUGUCAAGAAAACUGAGCGAAAUGCAAAAUCACAAGCAAUCAAAUUUCAUGAUGGCUUUAAUGAAGGAUAUGUUGCCUGAACUAUCGAAAGACAAUCAACCAGAGAUUCGAUCUAGGGUUGUUGAUAUCAAAGAUAUGCUUAAAUUAUAAAUAAUAUUCAUGUAAGAAUAUUGGUACACAUGAUCAAAUGUGAUUUGGCCAGUGGCCAGAUGUUUAUCUCUUGCAUCUUUUCAACCAUGUCAAACGAUAUUUACUUUAUUUUGCAAUUUUAGUGGGAUUAUUCUUCAUUUUUACCUUUACGUCAUAAUUAAGAAAUGCCCACUAGCUAAAAUCAACACAUCUUGAACUGAAGAAAAUGAUGGUGCAUCUGCGUACUAAAUUAUGCAUAAUAGUAAAUAAAACGUGGAUCAUAGAUUUGUAAUCAUUUAUGAAUUUUACAUUUGCAAAGUUUUACUCGAUUUUUAUUCGAUUUUCCGUCGGGUAUUUUCAAAUUACAAGGUUAUACUGUCGAUAUCGUAGAUUCGUUUUGUUACUUGGCUAGGGAAAUAGUAGCUUAAAAUGAAUUAUUUAUACUAAAAUUGUAACUAAAUAAAAAUGUUCAAUUACAAA